GGUAUAGAGCUACUCCCCCCACCAGAUGACUGUCAGUGCGCAUUUCCUAUUGGAGAGAGCCAGUGUGAGAAGUGAACACAGGAGACCGACAGGGGAAGAGUGCGCGUAAGAGAGGGAUAGAGAGGGAGAGAGAGAGAGAGAGAGAGAGAGAGAGAGAGAGAGAGAGAGAGGGAGUGAGUGGGAACGGAGACACGGGAGAGAGAGAGAGAGUCCAGCGGAGAGGCAACUUCACCGGGGUUCAUAGCCGCGCGCUGUCGAAGACGAGAGAUCGCUCCGGCUGGGUGAAGAGUGGACCGUGGACCAGGCGACCGACUGGUGAACUGCUGGGGAGCGCGGUGAGAGGUGAAGGCUGCGCCAGCGGGACACUGGGACAGGAGCCACCGGGAGAAAGGAGACGAUACAGCGGCGGAAAGUUACCAAGUAUGGGGAUGCGCUGUUGACAGAGAGUUUCACAGACUGCCUCGGACCAUUUCAAGUCGUUUAUUUAAAGCGGAUGCUUUUACAGACGAGUCCCUGCGCGCGCGUCCGUCCGGCGAUACCCCAGUGCCGCGGUGGACCAUAACCUGCCCAGUGGCACACAGACCACGGACCGAGCGUAACCCUUCCGCGCAACAAACAAUCAGCGGCCAGGGCGACCGCAAUGCCUGCGUUAUACCUCAUCUUCUGCCUUAUGGCCACAGCAGCCACCCAAGCAGCCUACUUCUCCCAGCAGCCCCAGAACCAAGUGGUUGCGUCCGGCCAGUCAGUGACUCUACCGUGCGUCAUUGUGGGUUACCGGGGAAUGGUACAGUGGACCAAAGAUGGCCUUGCACUUGGGGGAGAGAGAGACCUCCCAGGCUGGACGCGCUAUUCUUUAAUGGGCGACCCGCUAUCAGGCGAGCACAGCUUGCUGAUCGAUUCGGCAGAGUUGGCGGAUGACGCGGUGUACGAGUGUCAAGCUACACAGGCGGGACUGCGCUCCCACCGUGCCAAGCUCACUGUACUAGUUCCUCCUUCAGACCCGGUGGUGGAGGGCGGCCCCAUUGUGCGUCUCAAGGCCUACACGCCGCACAACCUCACCUGCAGAGCCUCGGGGGCCAAGCCUGCUGCCGAGAUCACCUGGUACAGAGACGGCGAGGUCAUGGAGAAUGCAAUUUAUUCCAAGACACCGAUGGAGGAUGGGAAGAGGGAGACGGCUGUCAGUAUGCUUCCAAUCAUCCCAGAGGAUAGCGACUCUGGACGCACCUACACAUGCAGGGUUCUUAACCAAGCUGCCCCUGCUGGGUUACAGACGUCGGUCACUAUCAAUGUCCAGCACCCUCCUUCGGUGACUCUGUCAGUCCAGCCUCAGACAGUGACCGAGGGAGCCAAGGUUCUCUUCAUCUGCUCUGCUUCGGCCAAUCCUGAAAUCACUGGAUACAGGUGGUCGAAAGGAGGAGUUCCCAUCUCGGAAGCAAACGGGGACAGCCUUGAGGUGACAGUGGACUACUCUUACUUCACAGACCCGGUCUCCUGUGAGGUGUCCAACUCUGUGGGCAGCACCAACGUCAGCACCCUGGUCGAUGUCCAAUUUGGCCCCAGACUGCUGUCGGAACCAAAGCCAAUGACUGUGGAUAUCGGGAUGGAUGCAUCCUUUACUUGUGCAUGGACUGGAAACCCUCCUCUGACCCUGGCCUGGACCAAGCAGGGCUCGAGCGUGGUGCUCAGCAACAGUAACACCUUGCAGCUGAAGGCUGUUACCCAAGAAGAUGCGGGAACAUACACCUGCAAGGCCAUCGUACCCCGGAUAGGAGUUGCGGAGAGAGAUGUCACUUUGACUGUGAACGGUCCACCCAUCAUCACAGCGGAGGCCAUGCAGCAUGCUGUGAAGCACUCGAAGGGCAAGCUGGAGUGCCGGGUGGGAAGCAGCCCCCCGCCUGACAAGAUUGUGUGGACCUUUGGGGACAUGAGCCUGUCCUCUGGCUCCUCUGGUCGUUACUCAGUGCAGACGGUUACAAGCGACCACGGAGUCCAUUCGUCGCUGGUGCUGUCUGAGACGCUGGCGCAGGAUUUCCAGCUGCGCUACAACUGCACCGCUUGGAACCGCUUCGGCACCGGCACCGCCCUGGUCAUGCUGAAGGAGCAAGAAGCCUUGCCUAUGUUGAUAAUCGUUGGUGGAGCAGUGGGUGGCGGCUGUGUCCUGCUCAUCUGUGUCAUCACACUGGUCUCCCUCUGCUGCAGGCACACAGGCAAAGGUGAGCUCAACGGUAAAAGGUGCACCCGUCUUUCUAAGAGCGACAUCAGAGUUCAGAUUGUUCACAGCGAUCACAACGCUACACGUGGCAACGACGACGAGGAGGACGUCAAAGAGCCCAUGGCUCCAAACAGCAGCGAGUCUCCAGGGACGUCGCGCACAGAACACAGUGACCUUCUGGAAGAGGAGGAGGAUGAGCGGUCAGACAUCAAGGACCCAACCAAUGGCUACUACAAUGUGCGCGGCCACGAGGACCGCCAUAUCCGCGGCAGUGGAUUCUCUGAGUAUGUGCCCAACACACGUCCAGUCUACACGCCGUCGCAGCUGCCCUCCCCCAGCCCCAUGUACGGUCAGCACGCCACGCAGCCUCGAGUCUAUGACUUCUCCCAGCGAUACGCAACCACCACAGCAGGCAGAACCUCGUAUGAGCAGCAGCAAGCUGCCCAGCAGCAGCAGGCUGCCCAGCCAGCCAGCAUUUACCCCACUGACCCCCUCUACAGUGGCUCUGCGUACUUACCUGCCACCUACGGUCGCGCCUUCACCAGCUACGUCAAGCCUGCCUCUUACGAGAAGGUGGACGCGUACGACCAAUCGGAUCAGGCCAGCAAGGUGUCCAGCUCAUCUCGCUUCUCCUACGCCUCUUCACAAGUGUCCUCCCAGCAGUCUGACUAUGGCCGGCCCUCACAGCGGAUGCAGACUCACGUCUGAGUGGACAAGGAAAAGACGGAGAUCAAAAGCGUGCAGGAGCAGAGGGUAGAUAACUAUUGGCCCCUCCACAUACAUGUGUGGCUGGACUAACACGAACAGAGACUUUCUUUACUUGGACGGUCCUUGAAGGACACGUUUGGUCAUGGGAUAACCGACCUUGUUCCGACCGAUGCCAGGAUCUACGACAAUGCGAACAGUAGAGCUGCUGAGCUGGAGAAUUCAGCAGAUUGUGUUGUUCAAAUCAAACUAAUGAUUACAGUGUGAUACCUCACCAGGUUAUCUGUGUGACAACCAGUACCUGUGGAGAUAUUCUGUCAGUGCGAGGGCCAACUAGAAAAACAAAUCAAAUGAAUUCGAGUGGAUCCAAAAACAACUGGGGUAGCUGUGUACCCGCAUUCCAGAGUUUACUUUGUGUCAACACAAAAGUGUCAAACAUGGCCGCUGAAAUACUUACCAUCCGAGACAUAUUUGGGCGGAAAAACAGAUGCAAGAACAAGCUAUUUUUUGUCUCUCAUUGGAUGUUUUGUUGGCAUGCGAAAGGAAUCUUAAGCACAUUUUGUGUCUCGAUCAUUAACAAAAAACAGAGCUACACACAGAAAUGGACAUAAACUAUUCUGCACAACAGGCUAGCUCGACUGACCAACAAGUGCUACAGGCACUGUACGUAAGAAGAGUCUAAUCACCGGCGGAAUACUUCUGGCCUGAGCUGUAUUCCUGGAGCUUCUUCUGAUGAUAACCCCCUAACACGUUGGGCUCAGCAGCGUUGGAUAAAGGAAGGAGUUGUGAAGAGAAUGUGUUUGUUAACUGUCUGUUGUACCCAGAAGGACAAGGUGAGGCCAUGAAAACCCAAAGAUGGUGAUAAUUGUACAGGGGCAAACGGGGGCUGAGGCAGAAUACCGCUGUCCUACCAAGGAUACUGUUUUCUGCCGUAUUUUCCGAUUGUAAAACGAAGAGUAACGGCUUUUUACCAGAACAAUCAAAAAAGUGGCGGUUUUGAAAAAAUGGUGGCAAUCUUGAACUCGAAAUAAACUUGAAAAUGAAUGCAGCGUCUUCGGCAGGCUCAGGCGGGGGUCAAGGCGUAUAAAGGUAGUCCUAGUGCGGACCAUACACUCUCAAGUUUUACAACUCAAUCAAAUUGUCUCAAUAUGUUUACAAGAAACAGUACUACCCUGAAACACUAAGUAUCUGUACAAAUGGCUGAGCCCAUACUUUCUCUCUGUUGCAUGCAAAUGAUGUGUCUAGUGAAACUCUUCAGCGUUAAUAUUCAUGUCCAUUUCAUGUUUGACACGUUGGUCCGACUGGCCCAGUUGCAUUCCUCUUCCUGGAUGUUUCAGUAUGAAUGCCUGUACUGCCAUUUGUCUACAAAGCUGUUACCGGGCAGCCUGGUGAGAGAGCAAAUGUCACUUAAAGUGAAGAGGCAAACAUCAUCGCUUGUCUUUAUUUUUAUAUUUUAUAUAAGCCUUAAUGUACAGCGUGUAAGCUGCUCUAUUGUAAAGUAUCUUUAUAUACAUAUGUCUCUAUCUUGGUUGAUUUUUUUGGGGUCCACAGACUCUCUUUUCCAAGUUGUCCAUCAAUCAUUGAAUGCAGUUACUAAGCUUUUUUUCUUGGAACACGACUAAUUGCCAUUUGUUUGUUUAUGCUUUUAAUAAUGUAUUAAGAAUUUUAUUUGCUUAAAAAAAAGGAGCUAUCGUUGCUUGUACCUUUGUACACAUAUUUAUAUUUAAAUAAAACCAUUUCCGAUAAAGAAA